CUGACUAUCAUGGUCCGCUCAGAAACACCCUCAGCGAGCAGACAGACGCGUAACUCUCGUGGGCAGAGUUUGAGACGCUCUUCACGGCUGAAAGGCGAAGUUCCCGAAACACCAAUUGACGAAGCUCGCCACUUGAGAAACUCAAAAAGAAGAACGAGAGUUCAGGUGGUAGUACCAGCGCUCCCUCGGAUCCGCCGCCCUCAGCCCGUGGGUUUGGGUCGGAUUCGAGCAAGCAAUACAAACCAGAGAGGCAGUCCCGCCCUCUUGGCUCCACCCCCUCGACAUGUUGGAACCAAGGCGCAAGGGUAUGGCAUGGCAGAGGCAUCUCAGCGUAUAAGAGAGUUGCAGGAAGAAUGCGCUCAUUUAGAAUCACAGCUGGCCUGCAUGAGGGAAACGAAGAGUCUACUGACGCAGCAUUCUCUCGAAGACGUAGCAAGUGCCAAGUUGAAGUCACUGGAGGAGCAAUUUAGCUGCGCUCUCUGCUAUGAAGUCAUGGCUUGCCCGUACAUUCUAAACCCUCUGUCUUGUGGUCACUCGUUCUGUGCGUUGUGCGUUUUGAAGUCGCUUUUCUCGCGUCUCCACAGUGCGUGCGGAACUUGGCACGAGUACGUGGAAUGCCCGCUGUGUCGAACGCCCCUAUUUCUAUGUCUGGGAUCGAGCCAGAGCCGAGCAGUUUUCCCUUUCACUCCAAACCGAGCACUUGAUACCGUCAUCGAGAAUGCCGUGGACCUUUUGGAAGCCGAUGUUAAUGGAUUCACGUUAUCGCCAUCAAGCCCUUUGAUGGACUGGGCUGGUGAUGGUUCUGCCAAAACGGAUUGGCUAGACCGGCGAAGGAACGGGCGCGAGGAAAUGAAAUUUCUCACUUCAUCGUGGGCACGCAUGAAGUCGGUGGACUUCGUGUCUUUCAAAUCCCGGCUCGGGGUGUAAGAGAGCAGAAGCCCGAUGACAGCGGUCUUAACGCCUUUCAUCACCAUAACCGCCUUUCGUAAUCUCCCGAGUAUUCUCGGCCCACGUUGUAGCACCAUCUUCAUCAUGUACGAGAGCCGUGCGCUUUUGCCUCGUGUCCGAACAA